AUGGCUCGAGGACUCAUAUAUCCAUGGAAGCAACCAAUAUUUUACAACUUUGAUACUCAAAUGACUGAAGAAUUAUUAAAAAAGAUUAUAUUAGAGCUGUUUGAUAUAGGAUAUAACGUAGUAGCAGUUACUAGCGAUAUGGGUCCAACGAACAUUGGAUUGUGGCGUGAAUUACAUAUAUCUAUGGAACAAACAUCGUUUCCAAAUUCAAGAACAUCUAAAAAUAUAUAUGUUUUUGCUGAUAUUCUACACCUUAUUAAGUUGGCUAGGAAUCAUUUUAUAGAUAAAGGAUUUGUCUUACCAAAUGAAAAAUUAGUCGGCAUUAAUAUUUUAAAAGAACUAUUAAAAUUAAAUAGCAAUAAUGACUUCAAAUUAGGGUAUAAAUUGACUGAACUUCAUUCAAUGGUUGAAGGUGCAUCACGAAUGAAUGUUCGACUAGCCGUUCAAGUUUUUCAAAUGGUGUGGCAAAGGAAAUAA